ACAAGCAGCUCGCUUCAAAACUUGUUAGUGUCAAAGGAAGAAAGGAAAAUCCAAAAUGAACUUCGGAAAAUUGUUCUUUUUCGUCUUCGCUUGUGUUUUGGCUUUGAGCUCGGUGUCAGCAGCGCCAAAAUGGAAGAUUUUCAAGAAAAUUGAACACAUGGGUCAAAACAUUCGUGAUGGUCUCAUCAAGGCUGGCCCUGCAGUUCAAGUCGUGGGCCAAGCGGCAACCAUCUACAAAGGAAAAUAGAGAAACCCAAAGAAUCAUGCCGUAUCAAAAAUAACGAGUUAUUUACAACACGAAUG